AUGCUGAGGGAACAGGAGUUUGUCGGCGACAACUUUUUUGACGAGUUCUGGUUUUGGGACGCGCCAGAUCCGACGCACAGCGCUGUGCGCUAUGUCGAUGCAAAAACAGCACGGGCCGAAAAUCUGACCUACGUUGAUUCAUACACGAAUAAGUUCGUCAUGCAGGUCGAUUACGAGGGCAAGGCUGUACCUUUGGGCCAAACGAACAGUACGGGCCGAAAAAGUGUGCGCAUUCAUUCCAAGCGCUUGUUCGGGGAUGGACUGUAUGUUAUUAAGGCGUCGCACAUGCCGGUCGGAUGCGGUACAUGGCCGGCUUUUUGGACAUCGAACAAGGGCGAUUGGCCAGUUGGCGGUGAAAUUGAUAUUAUUGAAGGCGUGUACAACAGUAAGGUGAAUAUGGCAAGUUUACAUACGUUGGACGGGUGUAUGAUCCCAAAGAAUGUAUCCACCAUCCAGCAGGGCCAUCUGGACCGGACCAAUUGCUCGUACCAGCCUGGCUGUGCUUCCAGCUUUUCCGAUAAACAGUCGUGGGGCGACAGGUUUAAUACGAAUAACGGAGGCUACUUUGCCAUGAUGCGCGAUACGCAGCUAGGCGGAUUGGGCAUUCAGGUUUGGUUUUGGCCGGCAUUUGUGGAUCCCCAAGAGAUACCGCUUGCCGUCAGUGCAGCUGCCCGGAAAGCGCCCGGGACAGUAGAUACGGUCGUGGAUAUCGGUUCUUUUGGCGCGCCGCAGGCCUUCUUUGGCGCAGAUAUGGGGUCCAAAUCUUCUUGCGAAAUGAGCAAGCUCUUUCACAAGCACGAGAUCAUCUUCAACAUCGCAUUAUGCGGUGAUUGGGGGAAUAGUGCGUUCGCAGCAAAUCCACAGUGCCCUGGUGUGCACUGCGAAGACUUUGUCAGCCAAAACGGCUCGCAGCUCAGCAAUGCACGGUGGGAAGUGGAUUAUGUGCGCAUCUACAGCGCUGGUGCUGGUACGUUUUUUUUUUGA